AUGGAGGAAACGGUGUCUACAGAGAUCUCUGUCGAGAGCGGCGGAUCGAGCGCCUACUACGAUCCGUCGUGGCGCCUCAUGGUCAAACAGUACCGCCAACGCCUCAGGUGGCGCCAGCUGUUGACCCUGCCCCACGCCAUACUGGGGCUCUCCUAUUUUUGUAUAUUUUUAUUUUAUCUGUACAUUUUCUAUGGCCUCAUUUCCCAGUUUGGGCACUACGCCGACCCGAUCCGAGACCUUGGCCUGGUCAUGCCGAUCUCGUUGGUGGUGUUUGCGGCGGUGCAUUCGCUCUACGUGCUGGGCUGGCGGAUGGCGCUCGUGUUCGUGGUGCUCUCCCUCGUCAUCACAUGGGUCAGCGAGGAGAUUGGUGUGGCAUCGGGAUACGUGCCCUAUGGCGCGUACUCCUACACCGAUCUCUCGUCGCCCUGCAUCAGUUACGUGCCCGUCGAUGUGCCGUUCUCGUGGUACAUGAUGCUCUAUCCAUGCUUCAGCAUCGCGGACAUGAUACUCAACGGCCAUGGGCACAUGUCCCAGCAGCGGAGCUCACCGCCCAAAAUCGUUCUCCUGGCCCUGCUCACGUCCUGGCUGAUGGUUUCAUGGGACCUGGUCGCCGACCCGCUGGGUGCCACCGGGGCGAGUUUGUGGGUGUACAAGAACUACCCGGGGCUCUUCUACGGCGUACCAUUCCUCAACUUCGUCGGCUGGGGCUGCAUCUCUUUCCUCGUAACCGUGCUCUACCUCAUCGUCGAGAAGUUCAUCGGCACCAAGCCACUCAUCGGCAACGGGCAUAGGAACCCGCACCUCAACGUGCGCAAGUUCCUGCCGCUCAAGGUCGUGUUCCUGCCGCUCCUGGUCUACGUGGGGAUGAUGCUCCUCUACGUGGUCACCGCGCGGCCGGACGAGCUCAAGAUCCUGGCCUUCUUCGUGAUGGGCUUCCCGACCGUCGUCGCCGUCUUCCGGCUGUGCCACGUCCGCAUCCAAGUCCGCUCCCUCAACGCCGACUACCACCUCGUCUUUGAGGAGUGA